UGUCAUUAGAAGCAAACACAGUAUUUGAGGAAUUUGUUUACGUGUUCCUACCAUCGUACCUUGUCUUUUGCAUAUAUCAAGCAAUUUGGGAAAAUUGAAAACAUUGGGUCAAUUUCGGUGUUUUCUUUCUUAUUUUCGCCUUAGGAAAAUAUAGGGACAGGAUUGCUUGUAUUUUGGACCAGAAAGUAUAAGCACCCGAGAGGCUCAGUCGACAUUUGAUAAAGAUAGAAUUCAGGACAUCUAUGGUGUCGACACUGUAGGCUCUAUACUAGAGAGUUCAUGAAGGGAGUAUCCUCCUCAUUUCUGUUAUUGAGAGUUGGAAACCUAAAGAACCGUUAACUGCGUGAAUUAAGUUGUUUAAUUGAGUUUGGGGUAAUUAUAAUUAAAUCAUGGAAAAUAUUGAAGGAUAUAUAGGACUGUGUGUUUGCUUCCUGGGCUUACCGGCUUCAGGUAAAACAUUUUCUGCUGGCAAGCUUUCACGCUAUUUGAGUUGGAUGUCUGUGAAGACGGAGGUUUACAGUUCAGAAAAGUAUCUAGAAACUGAGUACGGGAGCUCGGAAAUAAUCCCUCCUAGGUAUUCGAUGACAAAGGUGAACUUGAUUUUCAAUGACUUGGAAGCAUUUUACAAGGAGGGCGGACAUGUAACAAUUCUGGAUUUUAAUGAAUGCAAUCUGGAGCUUCGCCAGAACAUUGUCAAAGCUGCCGAAAAGCGAAGUAUAUUGAUUAUGUUUGUUGAGAUAGUAUGCACAGACCAGAAAUUUAUAGAGGAGAAUAUUACCGAUAUUUGCAAGAACUCUCCUUCCUAUAAACAUUUGCCUCUCGAAAAUGCCAAGGACAAACUCCGGGAAGUAAUCAAAUGCUAUCAAAAAGAUUAUACUCCUCUGUCCGAAGCAGAAGACUGUACAUUUGUCAGAAUCAUCGACUUUUGCAAUGAAGUUAACAUUCAUAAUAUAAAGAAUUACUGGCAGUCAAGGAUUGUCUAUUAUUUAUCUAACCUUCGUACCCAACGACGAAGCAUCUGGUUGAGUAGACACGGCGAAAGCGAAUUCAAUGUUCAAGGUCGGAUUGGAGGCAACUCAGGACUAAGCUCCCAGGGCGAAAAGUACGCUUCUUUACUUCCUGAGUACGUUUCAAAGUUUGUGGUCGGGUCGAAGGGUUUAACCGUAUGGACAUCCUCAAUGAAGCGUACAAUUCAAACUGCCAGUCAUCUGGACUAUCAAAAGCUGGAGUGGAAGGCUUUGGAUGAGCUAGAUGCAGGUAUUUUUGAUGGCUUCACCUAUGACUAUAUUGAAGAAAAGUAUCCCGAUGAAGCUCGAAAGCGAAGCUAUGAUAAAUUUCACUAUCGCUAUCGUGGUGGAGAGUCUUAUAUGGAUGUUGUACGAAGGUUAGAACCGAUAAUUAUGGAAUUAGAGCGACAAGGAGACGUCUUCAUCAUCUGUCAUCAAGCUAUCCUUCGUUGCAUUUAUGGUUACUAUCACAAUUUUUCUCUAGAAGAAUUACCUUUUUUGAACGUUCCUUUACACACGAUCUUGAAACUUACACCUACUACGUUUGAGACCUUAGAAGAGAGAUUAACAAUACCAGUCUCCGCUGUUUCCACGCAACGUGGAAAGCAUUAGACUCAUCAUUCUAUUUUUAUACUUUUUGCAAUCCAUCAUUGCUAAAAUUCGUUUACUUUUCUAUUGUACAAGACCGGUAUGCUAAGUAACAAAUACUCCAUUCAAGUAAAUCAGCGUUAUGAAGUCUUGUAUGUUAAUGAUACGGUCAGCCCCAAUAAUGAGAGGUGAAUUUGUAAUUCAAAUAUCCUUUGGAAAUCAAUGAAUUUUGAAAUCAUAACUUGAAGAAGAGCAGCUAGAUUUUUUAAUCAACAUUAUACAUUAAUAAUCUAUACAUUAUUUAAGUGAGUCAAGAAUGUUGGGAAAAAUAAAAUUAAACGGGUGACUUGAAUAAACCAAAUGAAC